AUGCCGCUGGAAACGCCCGAGCCGCUGCGGCGCGUCGAGACGCGCGAGACGCCGCAGGGGCGACAGGCGAGUCAAGAGCUGCGGCGUAGUGUGUCGCGGCGCAGUGAGUCGCGACCCGCGGGCGACGGCGAGACCUAUGCUCGCGAAGAACCGAUGGAAAAUGACGACGAAGACGCCGAGUCGGACGGCGCCGAGGGCGACUCGCUCGCCGAGGACGAGUUCAGCCGGCAGCAGAUGAUCUAUGCGGCACAGCAGCGCAACAUGGGCCUUUUGUCACAGGUCAUGGACGAGGACCAGCUCGAGCGCCACAUGGCCUCGCGCAGGGGCACACUGAACAAGGCCAGCGUCCGCAAACUGAUCAACCACGUCCUCUCGCAGUCGGUCAACCAGCACUUUGUCAUGGCUGCGAGCGGUGUGGGCAAGGUGUUUGUCGGCGAAAUGGUCGAGCAGGCGCGCAAAGUCCAGGAAGAGCGAAAAGACACGGGGGCGAUCAAACCUGUCCACCUCUACGAGGCGUACCGCCGCUACAAGCUCACCCAGGAGCGCCCGGGGCACUACCCGCCGGGCUCCUCGAGCGGCGCCGCGGGACUCGGACGUCGCCGCCGCAUGUUUUAG